GCGGCAAUCAUCCGUCAGCCGUUCCUAUCCAAUCCACGUGGUCCACCUCAUCUCCCCUCUAUAAAUUAUCUUCCAAUCCCCGCUCAAAAGCUCGCUUCGCUCUCUUCAAUCUUCAUCUUCCCUAUGGCUUCCCCUUUUGACUCCAUCAUCUUCGACUUGGACGACACUUUGUACCCCUCCACCACCGGAAUCGACAAGUGCAUCAAGAAAAACAUUGAACUCUUUUUGAUCCACAAAUGCGGAUUCUCAGAAUCCAAAGCCUCUACUCUCCGAGUUCAACUCUUUAAAACCUACGGAAGCACCCUCGCCGGUUUGCGAGCACUUGGCCAUGAUAUCACCGCAGAGGAAUACCAUAGUUUCGUGCACGGAAGCCUUCCUUACGACGUCAUCAAGCCUGAUGCUCAGUUACGGAACCUCCUCCGCACUAUCAACCAAAGAAAAAUUAUUUUUACUAAUUCGGAUAGGAUUCACGCGCUGACCGUGCUGGAUAGACUUGGUAUCAAGGACUGUUUCGAGCAAAUCAUAUGCUUCGAGACGAUAAACCCGAACCUUCCGAAGGCGACCCGACCCGAGGAAUUCCCCGUGCUCCUGAAACCGUCGCUGGAUGCCUUCAAGAUCGCACUCCACGCUGCCAACGUGGAUCCUCGUCGAACGCUGUUUCUAGAUGACAGCAUUCGCAACGUUGCCGCUGCAAAAGAAGUGGGUCUCUACACUGUUCUGCGUGUUUGUUCUGGUUGACUUGGAAAUUGGAAUAGGUGGGGAAAACGGUGAAAAGCGAAGGAGCAGACUACGUUGUGGAGUGUGUGAAUAGCGUUCCACAAGUGAUUCCGGAGAUAUGGGGCAACGAAAUGGAAAUGGACGG